AUGAGGAUACUAGGCUCUCGGAACGCUUAUGAUCUACUGCCGAGUGUUGAGGCAGGACAGCUGGAGAAUGGCCAAGAGGAGGCUGACGACCUGCCUUUGGAACCUCCAGAGUAUGAUAGGCUAGCUGGUGAGGAAAUGGCUGAAGAGGAAUGGAAUCCCAUGGAACAGAUGGAACUAGAUGAUCCGCAAGUUAAUGAGCCACUUGUUGAGAAAGUCAUCCGCCUGAGAGAUAGAUUCAGCAACAACGUGGUGAAGCCUGUGAAAGAUAAGAUUGUCGACCCAUUGGCACAGUUGCUCGGUCUACUAUCCGAUAAGAUAGAUUACUACUUGAACAAGGUCGGGAAUCCGCUAAUUCUGAGGCGGUUUUUCUACAUAUUCAUGAUGUCUGCGAUCGCAUACCUGGUUAUCUCUAGCGGCUUUAUACCUAGCGAAAGGACAUCUGGCUUCAAGGGAAUGUUCUCAGACCAUGAAGUUCUGAUGGAGUAUGCAAGGGGAUCAGUGGAUCUUUCAAAAUUCGAACGUGAUUGGGAAUACAUAAGUAGCAUGCCUCAUAUGUCGGGAACCAAAGGUGACGCGGCUAUCAGGCACUUUGUGAUGGAAACAAUGAACAAUAAUAAGCUGAAACUUACCAAGGAGGAUGAGCUCUCUGUCUAUUCGAGUUUUCCUUAUGAGAUGUCUCUGAGAGCAGUCACAGGAGAAGAAUCGCUCCAACUAAAUGUCAGCACCGAAAACUUUAACCCACUCAGCGCAACUGGGGAGCUGAAAGGCAUUGGAUUGAUCUACGGGAAUAUGGGCAGUUUAGAAGAUUUACAGAAACUGAAGGAUGCGGCGCUGCUCGAAGAUGACUUCAUAUUAAUGGUCCGCUACGGUGAGCUGGUUGGCGAACAAAUACUGGUUGCAGAGAAGUUUGGUGCAAAGGGCGUGCUCUUUAUUACCGACCCAUACAACGGAAACCAGGACAUAGUUCAGAAGAAAUCAGUGGGAAUCCCGCAAUACUGGCCUGGAAGCCCUCUGAGUCGCGGCGGCGACGAAUCCGAUGCUUUCAAAGAUCUGCGAAAUAUACCGCGAAUUCCUACAAUGCCCUUGUCAUGGAACCAAGGUAUGCGGCUUCUUUCUCUGCUCCCUGACGACGGGGUGCAAUUCGAGGACGGCUUUUACAGCGGUAGACUAGGUGUUGUGCAUCUUGACAUGGUGGUGCAGAUGGAUAACAGGGAAUUGCAUCCUGCCCACAAUAUCAUUUGCAAAAUAGAGGGACGAGAGCAGAACGAUAAAGCAAUCAUAAUCGCCGCAUCAAGAACUAGCGUCACCAAUGGGGCAACCUAUCCUGCAUUUGGGACUGCAAUGCUUCUCUCGCUAAUUCAAAUGUUUCAGGAGCUCAAGUACAAGUUCGAUUGGAAACCUUUGAGAAACAUAUACUUUGUUUCCUAUGGCGGAGCAGAGUUCAAUUACGCAGGGUCCGCAGGAUUCACAGCUCAAAAACUGACCAAAGUGAAAGACCAUGUCUAUUGCAUGCUGGAUAUUAGUCAGUUGAGUCUUGAGUCAGGCUCCAGGAAGAUCGAUAUACAGGCACAUCCUCUCCUACAUCAAUUUUUCAGCGAGGAAAACGGAAACAUGGGUUUCGACAUCACUGUGGGGCAUCCCAAGCAAUAUGGUGACUGGAUCCCGCUUAUGGCUAACGGCAUCCCCGUAUCAGUGUUCUCAGCUCCAGAAGUAUUGAAAUCUGGGCCUCCCAUUGAAACAUCAGAAGACGUGUUUGAUAAUGUCAGCACAUUACUGGAGGCUCCAGGGAACCUCGCAACAUUAUCAGAUAUGAUUCUUUACGUAUUGCAGUCAUCGCUAAAACUAGUCGAUAUGCCUUUCAUUCCAUUCGAUAUCACUGAAUAUGUGCAUUACGUCGACAAACUACUGGAGCCGCUUGAGAAUAACCAUUCGAGCACCCUAAGAUUCCAAGACACCAUCAAAGCUCUAUUGACCUGGAAGAAAAUCGGCGACGAAUGGUCUGCCUGGAGGAAAGGAUGGCAAAAUAUCGUGUUCUCUCGCGACGAAGGGAUAGAGCCAUCCUUGAUAUCAGUGCAUAGAUGGACCUGGAACAAAAAGCUAUCUAACAUUGGCAGACGACAAUGCGCUCCUGGCGGUUUGAAGAAUCGGCCCUAUUACAAGAACGUCUUGUUCGGUCCAUCAUUCUGGACACAGCCCAACGAUGACUCCUGGAGCUUUCCGGGGAUCAGAGACGCAAUCAAUGAGCAAGAUUGGGCGAAAGCACAGCAAGAGCUUGACAUUGUUGCCAAUGUCCUAGCGGAAUCUGCUGCCCUCUUCCUGGAAGAAACUACCGAUGUUGGCACGUAG